AUGGCCUCUCCAUUCACCUACAGCAUUACCGAUAAUGAGAAAGAUUUAAUUAUACCAGCUAUUAAUGGCACGAGACGGAUCUUGGAGAGCACUGUUUCCUUUGCCCCACAGGUCAAGCGUGUUGUCCUAACGUCUUCGUUUGCCUCUAUUGUCGACUUUUCUCAAGGGCUGUGGCCGGGACAUGUGUAUGACGAAACGCAAUGGAACCCGAUAACUUUCCAAGCGGCAAAGGACGACAAGAGAGGUCUUGCAUAUGCCGGCAGCAAGAAGCUUGCUGAACAAGCGGCUUGGGAGUUUACGAAAACCACCGCCGGCGUCAACUUUUCUCUCGCAACCAUCAAUCCGCCCAUGGUCUAUGGUCCGCCAUUUCCUGGGUCUGCUAAUCUAAGGCAUCUUGGACAAUCCGCGUCAGAAAUAUACGCCCUUAUGAACGGAUCCGUGACUGCAGUUCCACCCACGACGCUUCCUGCUUUUGUCGAUGUCCGGGACGUAGCCAAGGCACAUAGGUUGGCGUUUGAGACAGACCAACCACAACGAUUUCUAGUGUCUGGGGGCAGCUUUGACAUGCAGCAGGUCUGUGAUCUGCUUCGGGAGAAUAUUCCAAAGCUGAAGAGUCGGGUGCCAAUUGGAAAUCCGGGACAUGAGAGUGUUGGUGAACACUACCUGAUUGACUGUUCAAAGGCAAGAAAUGUCCUUGGAAUAGAAUUUUUACCAUUUUCGUCGACUUUCUUGGACAUGGCCGACACGUUUAUGCAGCUGGAGGAGCUUGAGAAGACCCCGGCCUCUGUGUAA